AUGGUGAUGCUACAAUCACCGGUGAAAACUACAGAUUCAACUCAAACAGCAGCUACCGUCGGUCAAAUGAGUCCCAAGUCACAUCCCGAUUCGCCAAAAUCGAAUACUUCUCCUGAAGUCCAACAUAACAUAGCCGGCGGUAUAUCGCCGACAGCUGUCGUCAAUUCUCCAACAGCAAAAGCAACCAAAUUUGUCCAGAAUCAACAGCAGUUGCCAACAAAUAAUGUUGCUGCCUUACAGCAAACACUCAAAUCAACUGCUACCAAUGAAGAGAGUUUACGUUAUUCACUGGAAUGCCUCAAACAAAUGACGGACAAUAGUAAACUUAACAGAUACAGUCCCACGACUGAAGAUUCCGAUAGUGAAAAAUGCAUUAAUAAUAAUAAUAAUAACAGUUCCAAUAACAACAAUAACAACACCACACGACGCUCGCAAUCACCAGUUGCGUUACCAAAUUCGCAACAACGUAAACUACUUGAACUUGCUAGUGCACGACAGCUGGCACGUCCAGAACCCCUACAACAUCCACACGCUGCACUACUGCAGCAACAUCCGCACUUGCUACAAAAUCCCCAAUUCUUAGCAGCAGCAGCGGCGCAACAUCACCAUCACCAACAACAACAGUUACAUCAUAAUCCACAUCAAUCGCAUCAUGCCUUUCACCUGCGUCCACCAUUUCCAACUGCAACAACUACAUUAACAAUACCAAUUAAUGCCACUCCACCCUCGCCGGCUAAUUCACCACUGUCCCCACCAACAUCACCACUACAACCACAUUCCGAACAACUACAACAACAACACCAAUUGCUUUCACCUUCCGCAACCCAACAACAUUCCACACAUCCUUUACUGCAAGGCCACCCGCAGUUGCUGUCAUCGCCACCCUCAUCAAUGCUGCUGACCUCACAUACCCAACAACAACAACAGCAACAACAACAACAAGCAACCGCAAACAGUAGUCCCUCAUCAACAACAAUACAUGACAUGGAUCUGGAACGCAUUAAGCUGGUUGCGGCACAGGCUGUUGCACGCAGCACAUCAAGUGUUGCUGCCUGUACCACCGUGUCCACUCCGGCUUCCAUGACAGCGAAUGCCGUCUCAGCCUCUGGUCUUUGCUUGCCACCAACAAAUCCUCGCACAGAAUUAAGUGAUUAUGGUUUUAGAAUACAAUUGGGGGGCUUGGCGGCCGCUGCGGCGGCAGCUGCCGCUACUUCAAGGCAAAUUGCGGCUGCUAAUUAUGCGCGAAGUGAUACCAGUGAAGAGUUAAAUGUCGAUGGAAAUGAUGAGGAAAGCAACGAUGGAUCCAAUGGUACACCAUCAGUAAGUUUUGCACAAAUUAAUACAUUAAAGAAAUUCCAUUAA